GAGGAAUGAGGGAGCCUGGAUCAUUUGGGGAACAGAGAACAUCCGGGCAUGACUGGAGUACCAGACGCUUGGAGGAAAGGGCAGGAGAUAAGGCUGGUGAAACAGGCUUUCUUGGGUCCAUCUAAACUAGUCCUUGCUUCUAAGCAUCUAUGGGUUGGUUGGAGUCCUGUGCAUCUUCUAGUUCCACCUCCUUCAAGGAGCCAUCUCAGUCCUCCUUUGCAUGUCCAUAGCAUUAACUGUCCAGCUCUGGGAGGGUAUGGGAAGGUGUCCAGCUUGUGCAAGGAGAGGAGGGGGAAUCCUCAUGACCUCACUCCUAUCUCCCUGCUUGUCCCAUCAUGUCAGGACUACUCAGCAGCCCCACGGGGCCGAUUUGUCAUCCCCUGCUGCCCUGGGAACCUCAAACGCCUUCUCAUCAUAGUUGUGGUCGUGGUCCUUGUCGUCGUGGUGAUUGUAGGGGCCCUGCUUAUGGGUCUUCACAUGAGCCAGAAACAUACCGAGAUGGUCCUAGAGAUGAGCAUGGGGGGACUGGAAACUCAGCAACGCACGGCCCUGACUGAGCAUGCGGGUACCACUGCCACCUUCUCCAUCGGCUCCACUGGCAUCGUAGUGUAUGACUACAAGAGGCUCCUGAUCGCUUACAAGUCAGCCCCUGGAACCUGUUGCUACAUCAUGAAGAUGGCUCCGGAGGGCAUCCCCAGUCUUGAGGCUCUGAUUAGAAAAUUCCAGAACUUCCAGGUAGGUGUGUACUCUUUCCAGGCCAAGCCUGCAGUGCCUACCUCUAAGCUAGACCAGGAAGAAAGGCGCAGCGCUAGCUCAGCAUCCACUGGAGACCUGGCCUUCCUGGGCACCGCCGUGAGCACCCUGUGUGGCGAGGUGCCUCUCUACUACAUCUAGGACCCUCAGGUGAGCUGGUGCCAGGGCACUGGAGCAGCAGCACUC